AAACCCAGUCAUCCUCAUUUCAAGUAGAUGUUCAUGUGUUGCUGGCACUGCAGUGUGUAACCACACAGUUGCUUUGUUGUUCCAAACUGCACACUAUUCAGAACUAAAUGUACAGGUUGUGCCCCCUGUCCACACCUGCACUGAGAUGGAACAGCAAUGGCACAAGCCCAGAACAGCGGGGGUGAAACCUGGCCCAAUAAAUAAAAUGGUGGUGAUCAGACCAAGGCUCAGCCGACUCAGUGAAGGAGGAAUCAGAAGUACACUCUACAAGGGCUUGGUUGGGGACCUAUUUGACCUCUCAGUGCUACAGAUUGGAGACAUACAAAGAUUUUGAUCGCGAAGAACAACCUCUUGUGGCAACUAUGGGCAUUAGUGAUGAAAAGACCCUUGUGGAGACAGCUUUUGGCAUGGCACAAAAGGGCAGUGUGCUCUCUUACCAACUGCCCAUUUUACCCACAAAGUCUGUCAAGAUGCACCAUGAUGCUCCAUCUUACCCAUCGCUGCCUCUGGGUGACUACAGGCUUCUACCAACAGAGUGUGUGCACGUGUGCACUCAGGAGGAACACUUCUUCCUUAAAAGCUUGACUGUCACACUGGACAUGGCCAAUAAGAUUGAGCUGGCAACAAGAGAGCAGGCAGCAGACCAGGAGUGGCAUCAGCUUCGUAGGCCUCGGAUCACCUCUUCACGUUUUAGAGAGGUAUGUUUUGUGAGGGGAGCAAUUUCUGCAGAAUCUCUUGCAGAAAGGAUCCUAAAAGGAACCAGGCAAACUGCAAACAUGAGGCGAGGGACAGAGUUGGAAUUUGAGGCAGCAAAGGAGUAUUGCAGGAUGAAAAAUGUAAAUUACAGAUCCUCUGGCCUUAUUAUACAUCCUGAUGCCACUUGGCUUGGCACUUCACCAGAUGGCUUGAUUUAUGAUCCACAUGCACAGCCACCAUUUGGACUAGUGGAGAUAAAGUGCCCCAAUGUAAAGAACUAUGUGGAUUGUAAAUACCUUCAAAUGCAGUAUGGCACACCGACUCUUCGUGAAAGCCACUCAUACUUCUGGCAAGUCCAGGGUCAACUGCUGAUCACUGGCUUGCAGUGGUGCGAUUUUGUGGUUUGUGCCCAAGAAGACAUGCUUGUGCAGCGUGUUCAUGUCGACCCAAAAGUUACAGCAACAAUCAGAGAGAGGGUGGACCAGUUUUACUUUCAUGUGUACAUGCAAAAGUACUUGGCCUGCUCCAAAUGAAUUACAUGAAAAGUGAUUCAUUACCACUUUGAAAGCUAUUGUGUAUUUACAGACGUGUUUUGUAUAUUUAGCAGAUUAUGUAUUGUUUUUUUAUAAAAAUUUAUUUGUCAUG